AUGCGCAAGAACCCCUUUGACAUGUCCGAGCUCGACGCCGAGAUCGAUGCCAAUGAAGAGCAGCACCACCAAGUUCGCAUCCAUGCCCGUCAGUCAAUCGACGGUGACCGGUCCUUGCUUAUGGACGAGGAUCGACGGCAAGAUGAUUUGAAGGAACGUUUCAUUGGUGCCAUUGAUCAGGGUACUACGAGUACGCGAUUCAUCAUCUUUGACUGCGUGGGAAACCCCAUUGCCAAAUACCAGGCGGAAUACCGUCAACUUCACGAGCAAUCAGGAUGGCACGAACAAGAUCCAUAUGAGAUGGUGGACUCCGUCUACACCUGCAUUGAAGAGGCCAUGAAAACAUUCCUCGCCCUCGGCCACUCCAAGUCAGACAUUGAAGCAAUUGGUCUCACCAGCCAACGUGAAACAGUCCUCUGCUGGGAUUGGGAAACUGGUGAGCCUCUGUGUCCCUCGAUUGCUUGGCCCGAUACCCGAACAAAGGCCCUUGUUCGAGAAUUGAAAGCGCAAAAGGGUGCCGACGAGCUGAAGGACAUUUGCGGUCUGCCGCUAUCCACAUAUCCUGCGUCUGUCUCACUAGUGUGGUUACUCCGUCAUAAUGAGGUCGUCAAACAAGCGUACGAUGAAGGACGCCUCGCUUUCGGUACUGUUGACUCAUGGCUCAUCUACAACCUGAACGGUGGCUUGGAGGGAAAGCACCAUGUAACGGAUGUUACAAAUGCCUCAAGAACCAUGUUGAUGAACCUCGAAACGCUUGAUUACGACAAGCGACUAUUGGACUUCUUCGAACUGGAUCCUAAGAAGAUCCGCCUGCCUAAGAUUCUCCCAUCCUCUGACCCGGAUGGUUUCGGUUACGUCAGAUCAGGUCCUUUAGAGGGCGUCCCGAUCACUAGUGACCUUGGAGACCAAUCUGCAGCGCUUGUUGGCCACUGUGCGUUCACGCCGGGUACAGCGAAGAACACCUACGGUACAGGAUGUUUCCUCCUGUACAAUGUUGGAGAGAAGCCUGUGAUCUCGAAGCACGGCCUGCUUGGCACGGUCGGUUUCCAGCUAGGAAAGAACCGGAAGCCGGUGUAUGCCCUUGAGGGAAGUGUAGCUGUUGCGGGAAGUGGUGUCUCAUUCCUCAUGAACAACAUGGGCUUUUUCCGAGACUCGCGUAAAGUGAGUGACCUGGCGGCAAUGGUUCCAGACAACGGAGGAUGCAUCUUCGUCACAGCCUUCAGUGGCCUCUUCGCGCCAUACUGGAUCGAUGACGCUAAGGGAACAAUUUUCGGAAUCACACAACAUACACAACGUGGUCACAUCGCGCGUGCCACCAUGGAAGCCGCCUGCUUCCAGACCAAGGCCAUCCUCGACGCCAUGGAGAUGGACAGUGGUCAUGCACUUUCCGAGCUCGCCGUUGACGGAGGAAUGAGUAAUUCCGAUAUCUGCAUGCAGACUCAAGCAGAUAUAAUCCAAAUCCCCGUUGAACGACCAGCCAUGCACGAGACGACAGCGCUCGGCGCUGCCAUUGCCGCCGGUUUCGCCAUUGACAUCUGGAAGGAAUUCGACGAGCUCAAGAACAUGAACCGCGCGAACCGGACCUCCUUCCAACCUGCCAUCUCCCCCGAACAAAGCAAGAAGAUGUACAAGAAGUGGACGAAAGCCGUCGAGAUGUCUCGCGGCUGGGUGGAUACUUCCGAAUUGGGAGGCGAGGAUGACUAG